AUGCUCCGUACGAGUGCCCUCUUCAGUCCCAGGCUGACUGUUCCGGUUGACUCAUCCAGGAGAAGCUACAGCUUCGGUCGCCAGAAUCUGACACUAGCAACGGUGCGAAUAUCGGUAUUCAAUCACCGUUCUCGCCAUGAGGCACGGGCAUUCAAGUCGAGCAAGGCUCAAUCGAAAAAGAAUGCAGAGCAUAAAGCUCGGACUGCUGUACGGAAAGCCGCAGUAGCCGGUACCGUCACGGGCUCACCUGCUGAGUUCACUUUCCUCACCGAAAACCUUCCUCCUCUUCCUCGGAUCCAGGAUGAACAUCUAGCAGCUGCAGCUUUCGAUGAGUCUAGUGUAGAAUUCCUCAAACUCGCUCUGUUGGGGGAUCGUUUGUUUGAAAUUGCAGCUAGCAAAUCGUUGUGGAAUUCCUGCACUACGAAUACAACUCUUGCCAAUGGGAAGCAGAAACUUACGACGAAUAGAACAUUCUCAAGGAUUGCUGAAGCUUAUGAUCUCCCAAAGAAGCUUAGAGGCAGCGGCCCAAAACCUCCGGUGAUCAGUGAGAAAAAGUUGGGAUCUGCGUUGGAAGCUUUGUUAGGAGCAGCGUACCUAGAUGCAUGGAAGCACGGGAAUGAAAGGGAGCCCCUUCGCUGGGCAGCUCAGGUGCUGGAUAUGGAUCGAUGGAGUGGACUGGAGGAGUACAUGGUUCAAGCAGAAUCCAAACAUGGAAGAACUGGAGACUAUGCAAUUGCAGCAAAAGGAGAUAUAUGGGCUCUUGAUCAAGUACGUGGUGGAAUCAGACCUUUGGAAGGAAAUACGGCAGUGUCCACGACAACUAGCAAGUCCAUCUUUUCUCGAAUUUUAGGUUUGAUAUGGCCAGCAACCUCUUCUCAGACGGAAAAGCCAACUAAGAAACCGCCGGUUACGCUAUCAACUCUACUCCGACGAAGAAGGCUGUCCCAAGAAACGGUUCUUUCCCCUUUCAAUAUACCGAAUACUGCAACAGCGAACGAUAUCACCUCACCAGGAGUGCAUGUUCAGACUCCCGUCGAAUCGGAGGCGUUGUUGCGCAACCUUUCUGACAAAGACUCGAAUACCUAUCAGCAGAAAGGCUUGUUACAGUUGUACAAAUUUCUUCGUCAGGCGCUUUCUGUGUACAAUCACUCGAAGGAGAGCUUGGAGCAAAUCACUGGUCUUCUGGUAUCGAGUCAGACACUGUCACAUAUCGGCCACCACUACGGAUUCUCUACUCAAAAUGAUGAAAGCCGUCGUUCCCAGACUGAAACGGCUAGGCAGUUCGCUCGAUAUUUUGCAAUGUUAAUCAAAGAUAGAAAAGGGAAGAAUGAAGAUCAAUCGCUUCUCUCCUGGAUGAGAAAAGUCUUUUCUAAGGGAGUUUUCCCUACAAUUGAUGGUUCCGCUUUAUCCGAGUCUACAACGCUCGGCGUCAAACUUCAUACUUCUCAACCUCCCCAAGCUUCUGCAUCAAAACCGAUCAGCUCGCCUCCAUCAUUUGUGUCGCCUGAGAGAGCGGAGACUGAAAAGAUCAUGGAUAUUCUGUCUGAUCUGGAACAGCGACUGCAUCGUGUGGAAAAGUCGGUGUUUUCAUUGCAAACGCCCACUGUUAAUACGCCCACUGUUGAUCGACACAUUGAGCAGCCAUCUCCCUCACAACAGGCUGUUCUCAUCCCGUCUGAAAGUUUAAAUAUGGAAGCUGGAAUCACCCCCACCAUAUCUAACGCACCAUAUGAAACAAAUCUCGCGCCAAGAUCGUGGCGUCUAGUAACACCACCAACGGAAUGGGCAACGCCAAUCAUCCAAGUCAAUCUCUCCGAGCUGCUUCCUCUGCCUGAUGCAUUACGCGGCAAAAUCUACAAUGACUUCAAGAGGAAAUAUAGUUCAUACGAAGAAUCGGUAAAAGCGGGGCGUUGUUGGUUUCAAACGAACAUGUCUAAGAUCAUAGGGCCACAAUGUCAACACGAAGCGACCUUGAAGUAUGUCCUUAAACAUCAUACCGACUUGGCCGUGACUUCGUAUCUGGCGAAACAUUACAACUUGGAACCUCUCGUGACAAACGGACGUAUAACCGGAGGGGAUCAACAGCUUGACUACUCGGAGAUGUUCUUUGGUAUGAUCGGUCGGUUAAGGCAGAACGUCGACGGCCCUGACUCACAAAAGUGGUUGUCUGCUCUUACAUCUCCGAUGGCAUGGCCCCACAUCAAGAAACUCGCGGCCGCCUUCGAGCAGAGCGGAAAACGUCAGAGACAUGGUGUCACGAUCGAGGGAGAAAAAUCUGCGUUUGCCAGCACGACUUCGACCAAAUUGCUCGAAGAUACGAACAAGAAAUCAAAGCGGUUGCCAGUCAGCACUAAGCCAUCAGCCUCCCUUGACGUCCGUGCAGACCAGCCUGUAACGUACACUUCUGCAGACACCAUCAAUCGUAACUGGGCAACCGCGGGUAUCCGAUUCGAUCCAGACAAAUUACCGACCUUGUACAGGAAUGAGCAUGUCACCAUCGAUGUAGAUUUCUUCGCCCAAUCGGACGAAGAAAUGGACGAAGCUCGUAGAGUCUGGCACGAUACAGUGUUUGAACAUAUCAAGGGCAGUCUGAAAAAGUAUACUGUGUCAGAGCCGGCGAUCAUGGUCGCAACAUGUCGUUUGAUAAGCAACAGGACGUUGUCGUAUUUAGCAUUCCAUUACUGCCUUUUUGACCCCUCUAAGUCCUUACCAUCACAGCGUGACAUGGCUCAACGUAUGCGCAAAUACGUGGCGUUACUACUCGACCAAAGUGCAGAGCAUGGGUCUCGACAAGAGCUCAUGAGCUGGUUUGAUCGGCUUUGGGCCGUGGAAGCUUGGCCUACGCUGCAAGACGUGAUCCUCGAGGCACAGAAUCGCCAAUCAUUCGACUUCGAUGUCAGAACUUCGGAGAUGUCAGCUCUUGCAACUGGCAACAACGGAAAUGAGUCAUAUACCUUAUCGCCACCAGAGCCAAGACAAGGUGACGAGUUGAAUCCUCCCACAUCUUCUGGCGGCUUAAAGGAGAGCGAUCUAUCGAUAGCUGAAGGAGAGACGGUGAACCCGGGCAUGCGACAAAGGACGAUUAGUAUAGAUACACUACAACUUCCACCUCCUUUGACCGAAGUCUCUAUUGACGAUUCAGAACUAUACGAAAUACUCGAACCUGACUCGGAGGAGCUCGUCUGCUCAGACUAUCGCACGAAUAUGGAUUUCUUGACUCAAAGUCUUAUAGGGCGUUGGGAAGAAGAAGAUGCCAUCCUCCUUGCAUCCAAAACUUUACUGGAGACUGGCUCACUAGUACCCCUGCCAUCGCUCUACGGCUUGGACCGUGACCAAGAAGAACAACUUCUCGCUCCGAAAGUCUCCGCUCAAUUAUUUCGGCUAUAUACAGCCUUGCUUCUCAAACGAGCUGCGAAAGAAAGCAGAAUGAUUAAAUUAAUCAUCGAAGACUGGCUACCUGAGGGAGCAACGUCAACGCACCACAUUUGGGCUCAAGCGGAUGAAAACAACGUCCCUCCCGAUGCUUUACUUCGCGAAUUCGAAGAGCUCGCGAAAGAUGAUGCUAUAUCAACCUCUUCCAAGCAGGCCAAAGCGCUCAGCAUCAAGCAAGAGGCAGAUCCAAACCAGCCAGCUCGAGAAUAA